CAAAGGCAACCUCGACACGUCGGAGCAUACUGUACCAGGACGCGACGCCUCCACUACAGUAAUGUCGCAUCGGACAUACCCAUUGCACCGCGCUUUCUCUAUGACGACAACAUCUUCCUCCUUGCACGCACAUUCCGAUAAGGACACGGUUUUCAGGAGAUAGUCAUUUUUCUAACACGUAUUUGUGUCUUUUCCGUCCACGGCGUGACGUUUCAGCCAUCAUGGUGCAGCCUGGCAUCAACGGGCUUGACACGCCACGGACUAACGUGGGGGACGCGACUUAUCUCAGUCGCCAACCUAAUUUCGAUAUUUCUCAAGAAUUAUCUUUCCAGUCACCGUCGAAAGACGCAAAUCUACUGCAACAACUGCGGAACGGUGGCCGACAAAACCUGAAGACCCCGCGGGGGAGCCGCGCGCCCUUUAACGACCGGCGAAAUCUUCCCGCUGGCCUCGGCGGUCCCGAAUUUACUCCACUGCUCAAGUCCGCGACUAGGAAUAGUGCGAGACGUUAUGGUGGUGGCAAGGAGAAUCCGGGGCGAGCCACACCCGGCUUCCUCGCUAAGAUCGACGAAGACAUGACGCCUAUGCCGGCGGGCGAGACCAGCAUGUAUGGCGCUUCCCGCAAUACAUCGUCCUUCAUGACCAACACACCUCUCCCAGAGGUGGACAGCAGUAGUGCCGCUUCCACGCCUCUGGUUAUGAGGAGGCGUGAAAACGGCAAGGGGCCGCUGGAGAACGGGAGUCAACUUUCGCUACGCGAGCAACAGAACGUCAUCGAUAAGAUAGAGAAGGAAAAUUUCGGCCUGAAACUCAAGAUCCACUUUCUGGAAGAAGCAUUACGGAAAGCCGGCCCUGGGUUCAGCGAGGCGGCUCUUAAGGAGAACACCGACCUGAAGGUGGACAAGGUGACGAUGCAGCGUGAGCUGCAGAAGUACAAGAAACAUCUUACCUCUGCCGAGAAGGACCUCGAGAAUUACCGACAACAGAUUCUCGAGAUCCAGGAGAAGGCCAAGCGGAAGUACGCCGAUGAGAGCCAGCGAGCCGAGAUUGAGCGGCUGCGGCAGGCACUUGAAGCGAAGGAGGCCGAAAUCGACAACCUUCAUCGGCAGCUGGAAGAACAGGAUGAAGAGGACGAGAUUGAGCGGUUGCGGCAACAACUUGAGGCGAAAGACACGGAAAUCGACAAUCUUCAUCGGCAGUUGGAAGAGCAGGAUGGGGAGGACAGGAUUGAGAGGCUCCAGGAUGAGAUCGACGACCUGAAAGCAGACCUUCGGAGAAAGGACGACGUUAUAGCCCAACACGAGGAUGCGGUCGAGGACGCGCGACAGGAACUUGAAUCGAAGGAGGCCGAAAUCGAAGAUCUUCAUCGAAAGCUGGAGGAACAGGAGGAUGGAGACAAGAUUGAGAAGCUCCUCGAUGAAAUUGACAAGCUCAAGGCGGAUCUUCGGAGAAAGGACGAUACUAUCGCCAGAUAUCAGGACGAGGUCGAGCAGGAGCGACAGGAAAAGGGACACGACGCCGACCGCCUGCGCGAAGCCAAAGAGACAAUGGGGGAAUUGGAGGCCAACGUACGGCGCCUGGAGCAGCAGGUCAAAGACUUGAAAAAGAAGCUUCAAGAUGCACUAUCGCAGAAGGACCGAGCUGAGGCUGACCUGGCCGAGUUGCAGGAAGAGUUGGCCAACAAAUCCGUCGUCACUAAAGGCCUCUCUCGCCAGGUUGAGGAAAAGGUCGCCCGUCUGCAAUCCGAAGUUGAAAGCGCCCGACAGGAGUGUGCAUCUCUGGAGGAGGAGCGCUCUGGUCAACAAAGAGAGAUCGAUGACUUGAGGGCUAAGCUGAAAGACGCCCGUGAGGAACGCGACAUUUCCGAGCGCCUCCGGCGAUCUCUGGAAGCAAAGGUGCAAGCGGAAGUUGAGAAGGCCCGGCAGGAGUGUGACUCUCUGGAACAGGAGCUCUCCGCUCAACAGAAAGACGUGGAUGAGUUGAGAGCCAAGCUGAACGAAGCCCGUGAGGAACGUGACAAUUCGGAGCGCCUUCGACGGUCUUUGGAGGCAAAGGUGGAUGGGGCUUGGCGGAUGGAGAUGGACGACGUCAGGUACCAGCUCAAGGAGGCCAGGGAAGAGCGUGACUCAGCCGAGCGCAUCCGGCUUGCUCUAGAAGCCAAGUUGUGUGAGAUGGACGAUGUCAAGCGCCAACUCAAAGCGGCUAGGGAAGAGCGUGACGCAGCCGAGCGCAACCAACGAUCGCUAGAAGCCAAGUUGGGUGAGAUGGAUGACAUCAAACGCCAGCUGAAGGAGGCUAGGCAGGAGCUGGACGCGGCCGAGCGUAUCCGGCCGACGUUGGAGUCCAAGUCAAGCGAGAUGGAGGAUAUCAAGCGCCAGCUCAAAGAGGCCAGGGAAGAGCGCGACUCAGCCGAGCGCAUCCGGCUGACAUUGGAGUCGAAGCUCCGUGAGCUCGAAGAUGAGAAUCUCGUGCUUGAGCAGGCUUUUGAGGAAGCCCAAACCGCGGCCGAGGACGCUCGCGCUGCCGCGGAGCAGUCCGCUGCCGCGCAACAAGCGACGUUCCAAAGGUACAAGCAGAAGCUCGAGAAGUACAAGCGGGAGCGAGAUGAACUCGCCAGCACUCUGCGCGACCAACACAACAACAGUACCCACAGUAGUGUGAGUGAGAUGGCGGCCGAGGAACGCCGUGACCUGCACAAGAUGCUUCGCGAGUCGCAACUAGAGGCCGACAGGCUUGACCGUGAACUUCGCCAGCACCGCGAGGCGCUCGAGGAGCUCAUGGGUGUCGAAUCGACUCUCCGUAAGAAGCUUGAGCGAGCACGCAGCGAGAGGGCCGCAUACCGCGCCAGCGCCGAGAAGCUGCAGAAGGACGUCAAGAAGCUGGAGGUCGAGAAAGACAAGGCUCUUGCGGAGGCGGAGGCAGCGACUGCUGCGGCUGCGGCUGCGGCUGCGGCUGCUGCAGUGAACGGGGAUCGUGCUCUUGUCCAUGUCUCGAGGGCAAACAAACACGGAGUCGACACCGACGCCAUCAUCCGAGCCGCCGAAGCCGCCGAGAAAAGGCACGAGAAGGAGAUACGUGGUAUGGUAAUGCAGCUGGAGUGGCUCAAAGCAUGCUGGGACCGCGAGGCCAGGUUACGCAGUGACGUGGCAUAUGCGAAGCGAUACGUGAUGAUGGAGGUCCAAAUCAGGGAUGCAUGCAACAAAGCGGAUCUAGCAAUCAUCAACCGUAUCCGCGCCGAAAUCAAUCCGUCGGCCCGUGCCGCCUCCAAGCUAGGCCAACGCGCCUCGACCCGCGGACUCGAACCUUACGCGGUCGUGCCGGAGAAGCGGAAACGGCAGCAUAAGCAACUGCAGCCGCAACGGUCCAGGCUCCGCCUUGCUCUCAACGCAGUGCGCUUCAUCGUUCGCACACAGCUGUACGCGCGCAAUUGGGCCAAGAACGACAAAGUCCGCCAGCGCUUGCUGGACUGCGUUGACGGUAUGGAGAGAGAGGAGAGGAUCCGUAAGAUGAGGGAUCAGUGGCGGGCCGAGGUGGCGAGGAAGACCUUGCCAGACCAAAGUUGAGAGAACGUCCUUUUCUGCGUGUUGUCUUGUUGUUUGGGUUGGAGUCUGGUCGGGUUCAUUCCUCAACGUGCUAAAAGCGGCAUGGCUGGUCGGUACUAGUAUGCAACAUCGGGCAUGACUUUUAGGUGGGCAAGGCACAGCACUUGGAGACGGUCGUUCUGGCAUAAGGUACCUUAUAUAUAUUCCGGGUUGGGGUUGAAGGAUUGGGUUGCAUUGUUUGUGUUACUUUGGGUUCUCAAGAGCUAAAUAAGCUGCUUGGCGUGGAAUUGACAUUUCCAAAGUUGUGUCCAACCGAUGAAUCGAGCUCACAUCUGAAGAAAAAGGGUAUUAUCACACUGGUA